AUGAACGACCUUAUCAAAGGCGCAGUGCGCCAGAAAAAUAUCACUAACAAGAACCAGAUGCCAGAAUGGAUGAAGAGGGAGCAAGAAAGGGCUGCGCAAAAAAAGGCGGAUAUCAAUGCUGUUAUGGAUGUAACAACGGAAGGACACCAUCAAUCUUUGCUGGAUGACUUCGAAAAACGAAAAAGAGCUCGGAAGAUGGCGGUUUCGACGGAUGAUAAAGAAGUCAAGGCGACUUUGCGAGCACUAGGGGAACCGAUCACUCUUUUCGGCGAAGAUCCAGCUGAUAGACGAUCGCGUCUUAGGAUGAUCCUGUCUGAAGUCGAUGAUGCGACCAUGGCGAAACUUGAAGAAACGAAAACUGUUGCAGCCGAAAAGUCGCAAAUGAGAGAGUUGAACUUGACAACCUGGUAUCACGAAGGUCCGGACGAGCUUAUCCCUGCCCGAGAGUUCAUCAAAGACUACAGCAUACCUAGAGCAAGAGAGCGACUCUCCCUCGCUCGAGAGUACCGCGAUCUUCCCGAAGCUAAGAAACUCUCCCGUCUUCAGCUAGCUCACAAGUCAGCCGGGUCCGUUCAAAUGAUCGGCUCGCAAGUGGGCGACACUCGGCCUCUUUCUUCGUGCAACUUCUCCCCCGACUCGAACUACCUCGCCACUGGUAGUUUCACCGGCUCUGUCAAAGUCUGGAGCGUGCCAGACCUGGAAGAAGUUCACAAAAUCCCAGCGCACGAUUUGCAAAUCGGCGCCGUCGUCUGGCAUCCCGGCGCUCUUGUUACUGUUGAAGAAAGCGAAUGCUGCUUGGCAACUACUGCUUCCAACGGAGAAGUUAAAUUGUGGUCGAUGACUUCAGAUGAGCCCCUGGCUGUACUAGAAGGCCACGAAGGGCGUGUUCCCCGAGCGAAUUUCCAUCCCUCCGGAAGAUUCCUUGGCGUCACAUGCUACGAUGCUUCGUGGCGAUUAUGGGAUUUGGAGGCUGAGUCAGAAGUACUCCAUCAAGAAGGGCACUUGAAAGGAGUCCAUGAUAUAUCGUUUCAAGAAGAUGGUGCCCUCGUGGCUACAACGGGACUGGAUACGUACGGACGCGUUUGGGAUUUGCGCUCUGGAAGGUGUGUAAUGACCCUAGCUGGUCAUUUGAAGGAAGUGUACUGUGUGACUUGGUCGCCGAACUGCUACCAGCUCGCAACUGGAUCUGCGGACAAUCAUAUUAAGAUUUGGGACAUCAGACAACAAAAAUGCAUUUAUUCCAUUCCUGCGCACAAAAAUAUCGUUACCUCGCUCAGAUACCAGAAGGGCAUGGGCGAUUAUUUGGUCAGCGGAUCGUAUGAUAGUACAGCAGCGAUCUGGGCAUGUCCGGGAUUCCUUCCUGUUAAGACUUUGACACAUUCUGGCAAACUUAUGUCAGCAGACUUAUCGACAAAAGGAGACUACAUCGCCACGUCGAGUUAUGAUAGAAUAAUUACGUUAUGGGGUCCGGAAGCAAAUCUAGAGUCGGAUAAAAGCGAAUUCCUGCCGUCUAAGAAGGCCCCAGAAGUGGACACAAAAGCAGAACCUAUGGAUGAUUGA